AUGCAGUUGUCCAGCUACGAAAAUCUUACCCAAGACAAUAUUAUCUUUAAAGAAGCCAAAGAAUUUAAAGUCAAAGAUAGUAAGAUCAAAUACAAACGUAUUCCAAUUGAAAUCAAAUAUUCGAAUGGAAAGAAAGGAGCUUUAGUAAUUGAAUCUCCAGUUCUUUUCUCUUUUGGAGUAAGUGAGAAGAAAAAUCAAGAAACAGGUAAGUUAGUUGGUUAUAGUAUACCAGUAUGUCUUUGGAGUAAAGAUAGUGUCCCAAAUUCUAAAGAACUAUCAUUUUUUGAAACCCUAAACAAUGUUGUUUCAAUGUGUCAAAAUCAUUUAGAGAGUGAAUACGGUGCAGAUCUAGCAUCAACUCUAUCUUCACCAUUUUAUUACAAACAGAUGGAAUAUACAGAUAAGAAAGGAAAAAAGAAAACAAAAGUUGAUGAAUCAUCCGCACCAGUUCUCUACGCAAAACUUAUUUACUCAGAAAAAUCAAAGAAAAUUUUAUCUUUGUUUAAGGGAAAGGGUGGUAAAGAUUUAAAUCCUUUUAAAUAUAUCGAACAGUACUGUAAUGUUAAAUUGGCUCUCAUAAUUGAAGGAAUAUUCAUAAGUAAAACUGUAACAUCUUUACAAAUAAAAGUACAUGAGUGCUAUGUCAAACCACUCAAACCUAGAGAGUCUUUACUAACAAUUGAAGAGGAAGAGGAAAAGGAAGAGAGUGAGAGUGAGGUUGAUUAUACAAAAGAUGGUCUUGAAGCAUUAAUUGUAAAAGUUAAUGAUGAAGAGUAA